CGUCGCUGUUCACGAAAUCAUUGAAGAAAACAUGAAGAACCUCAUUGGGAAUCUUCUUCUGGCAAUUGAAUUUUUCGCUCACUUUUGUGAAGGAAGUUCUUCAUCUUACAGAAGUUCACAGCAACCGUGGUAUCGCUUUGAUCCAGAUGAAAAUACUAUAAAACUCACGUCUAGAGGCAGGGAUAUUGAGGUGGUUCGCUCGACUUUCGGCGGUACUAAUCCUAUUAGUGUACCGAAGGCAUGCACCCUUCUAGGUCAUCCUCGACCUCGUGGUAUUCCGACUCUCGCUAAUAAAGGAAAUGAAAACUUUCAAACCGUUCCUGUUAUUGGUUCUGUAGAUCACGUAAAAUAUUGUGUGAUAUAUUUAACAGAAUAUGAAGAAGUUUUGGGAGUUAAGGCUCCACCAACUGACCAGGAGGCGGCACGUGACCAAUAUAACGAAUUCUUGGAUGACGAGCAGCCACCAUCAUCUGAAGUUCAGACGUCACAGGACAUCCAAGCCGAAUACUUAGAGAAGACUAGAUUCUAGACGGUCAAUGCUAUUAUAU